AAGUUAAAAUAUGGGGACAAAAUUUAACAUAUAAAUACAAUAAUCUACAUUUGUGUGAGACUGUAAUUAUUAUUAUUUAUUCACAUAGAUUCUGGAGCCUAAAUGACGUUUGAGAAUUACAUUUCAAGAGCCAAAACAUGUCAUAAAAUACAUGAAUAUUGAGAGAAGUAAUAGUUUUACUCGACUUAAAGGAUUGCUGAUUAAUCGAUUAACCCUUUCAUAUUGAUCUCUUGUGUCCAGUCUGUGAAAGCUCCUGCAGCUUUAAUGUGAGCCCACAGUUUCUGCAGCAGUGCACCAGGAGAGACUCACAGUGGAGAGGCUUUGUAGAGAUGAUGAAAUAUCAGUCUCAUUGCACAGUUGGCUUUGCUUGCUUUGUCCACUGAGACGAAUAUGUGAGCUGUUCCCAGUCAACAGGUGUCCCACGGGCUAAUCUCCCACUCUGCUGACUGGCUGGUGGCCAACAGUUGAGUUUCAUUGACGCCUUAUUUCGUCAUUCCGCCCCCUCCGCUCCUGUAAGGUAACUUAAAGGUUUCCUUGUCGGGACAGUUGGGUUUCAGCACAGGGAGAGCACGACUCUCCGAGCAGGGAGGGAAACUCUGCAGCAGUAGUCCCUCAUUAAAAUUCCCUGUCCGUACACCCACCACGAAAACCUCCUUUAGUGGGUGGCACCGGCGUCCUGCGCGCCUCUUUAAUUGCGCACCACGCAUUAACGAGCGAUCACGGUUUCAUCGGCAGUGACCGCGCAGGAUCACGCUGCCUUGAGGCGGAGAGAGUUGGCUUCAUGUCCCGCGAUCUACGGCGUCAAGGCUGAGAGAGAGUAAACGAGGUGGGCGCAGAGUCCCAGAGGUCCAGCAAAGGGUGGCGCCCUACGCAUCUCAUCCGGCGGCUGGACACGCUGUGCGGCGACCCACAGCGACACGGUCUGCUCCUGCAGCGGGCUUCACUUGGCUUCUGGCUGCUGCUCAUGAUUGUGACAUUUCUCCGUGGGGACUGGGCAACAUGUGCGCCUGGAUGGUGUGAAGUGUGACACAGCGGCUUUGGGGGUUUCAUUGCUCUCGGAUACGCCAAGUACCCGACGUUACGGCGCACCUUGUGUAUAAUAGAGAACCAUGAGCACUGUGGAGGAGGAACCGGAUCACAUGAUACCAUGAAGACAAGCCUGCAGGUCCUGCGCUGCCAGCUGCUGAGUGUUCUAGCAUUCCUAGCACUGCCAGUAGGACUGGUGUCAUCAGCACAGGAGCCGUAUCUCAGCCAGACAUCCCAGGACUCUGUCUCCAUGGCAGCCGCCCACAGCAGCCCCCUCUCUGCGCCCAAACCUCCCCCACACGACUGGCAUCAGGAAGGCUCCAGCAGCGGAGAAUGGUCAUCCAAAGGAGGCACCCAGCCCUCAAGCAUCAUCCUCCCGACUGUUGCCCUCCACCCUUUGGCCUUGCUUCACACAACCCAAUCUUCCAGCCUGGCUCAUGACGGCUCUCCAGUCCAUGGCGUGACCCCAAACACUGUGAGCAUUCAUGUGAAUCAGCCCCCGGAGCUGAGCUCUGAUAACGUAAACCAAGGCCACAUGCACAAAUUGGUCAGGGUACCUCAAGUCCAUAACCCAGUUACUGUCAGCACUAACCAGGCCAGCAGCAGCAGCAGCAGCAGCCCUACAUCUCCCAGCACAGCGGUCCCAAAUAUAGAUGUGGAAUCUACUGCCAGAGGAGCUCCAAACCCCCCAGCUCCUCUGUCCAGCUCUGGAUCAAACAGAGGAGACACGCUUGCUGCACACCAUGUAGAGCCUCAGAAGCUGAGUGUGGAGGAACGUGUCGACUCUGGCUUGAAGCAUGUUCCAGAUCAUGAGCGCCCCUCUUUUUCCUCUUCACUGAUGAAUGCUGAUCCUGCAGCAGGCCUGAAACUCAGGGAGCAUGCUCGGGGCGCCCAAGAGCUGGCUGCACACCAUGCCAUCACCCUGAGGGAGGUGCACGGAGUGAGUGAGCCCCCCACUCGUGAACUGGUGCUAGAGCCGAAGGAAGGGUCUGUCACUCCAGUCCAGAGCCCGCCUGAGAAUCUAACUUCCACCACAUCCACUCCAGCGCUGUCCACUGUGCUCGGCCUCAACACACAGAAUCCUACAGUUAUCCCAGACAACUACACUGCAUCCAACAAGACCACCACUGAGGAAACUCUUGGUCGGGUGGUGCAAGGUAAUGGCACAGACAAUGCCCCUGUGGCACAAACGUUGGGGAAUGUGACUGCACUUGGAGGGCUGGUAUCUAAUGGCAGCUCAGUCGAGGACACACCAGGUCAGGGGAACAUCUCAGAGCCCGCCUCCACAGCCAGCGGGAACUUCCUGAUCCGGCAGGUGCCUGCCACUACCCAGGACCCCUGGACGCCUGGCAACAGCUCAGGCCCCACCGUUGACUCCCCGUCGUCCCGCAUGACCAUCUGCUUGAGCAAGAUGGACAUUGUGUGGAUCGUGCUGGCCAUCAGUGUGCCUGUGUCGUCAUGCUCUGUGCUUUUGACUGUGUGCUGUAUGAGGAGGAAGAAGAAGUCGUCAAGUCAAGAGAACAACCUCAGCUACUGGAACAACGCCAUCACCAUGGACUACUUCAGCAGGCAUGCUGUGGAGCUGCCCAGAGAGAUACACACUCUGGAGAGUGAGGAUCAUGACACCUGUCUACCCCCUAAUGGAGACUACAGCGGCAGCAGCGUGGUCCUGGUUAACCCUUUCUGCCAGGAGACCCUCUUCAUCAACAGGGACAAAGCUUCUGCCAUCUAGAGACAGGAAAAAAGAGACACUGUCUGAUUCUCCUCUUCUACUCCCCCUGCUGUUGUUGUCUAUUUUAUAAAUGUGGUAAAUAUUCAGAGACUUUAUACUGUAUAUGACAAAAAACAACCUGAAAGAAGAGAUGAUGUAAACAGACACUAUUUACUAUGAGGAUGCACCUGCAUAUUUUUCUGAUGUACAUUUUCUACAAAAGGCUUAAUUGUGAUAAAAGGUUUUUAUUGUCUUUAUAAAAUACAGAGUAUAUGUGGUUUUGUUUCAUUACGGUGGCUUGAUGGUGAGUGCACUGUGGAUGUUGCCACAUGAAAACUGCUUUAGAGAGAGAAACGUGCUAUGAAAAAAAAACAUUAAAGCUGUUCUUUGUAAUUUUAUUUUCCUUUAAAAUCAAUCCCAAAAUACUUAUAGCCUGUUGAACUUGAAUAUAGCACCUAUAUGUUCAUGGGGGGGAAACAGGGACACAGUGUGUGAGAUCAGGGCCCAUAUUUAUCAAACUGAGAAGUUCACUUAAGAAUGACUUAAAGAGCAAAAAAAAAAAAAAAACAGUCUGCUGAAAGUGAAGAAUGAGACACAUUUAUUAAGCAAACAGCUUACAGCUGAGUAACCUUUAGGCCUUAUUUAUACUCCCUUUGUGUGUGAAAAUAGACAGGCCUGUUUCAAACUUUGUAAACGUCACUGCCCUCAUACUUCCAUGCGUCCUUUAUGUUGGCAUAAAUGGACAAAAUGAAGGACAGACAGAAUGCUCCAACUGUGUCUGCAUACAUAUCAAACGUUAAGCAUAAACAAGCCCUUAAAGGAACACUUCACCCCAAAAAUCAAAAAUACACAUUUGUCUCCUUACCUUUAGAGUUGUUUAUCAGUCUAGAUUGUUUCAGUGUCAGUUGCAGAGUGCUGGAGAUAUUUGCUGUAGAGAUGUCUGCCUAUAAUGGAACUAGAUGGCACUCGGCUUGUGGUGCUCAAAGCGCCAAAAAUACAUCUGAGGAACUUAACAGCAAUGUCUCUUUCCGGAAAUCAUGACCUGGUUAAUAAAGAUAAUCCACAGACCUUGUUGUGAGCAGUUUCAUGUAGGAACUAUUUUCUCUCUACUGAACUACACCCGCCAACUGUUUCACCAUGCAAAUGGAAGCAUACAUCUACUGCUAGCUCACUAGCACCACUGAGAUAGCUAAUGUAACAGCUCAGCCGAGGAGGAUGCCAUAAGUGUUUACAUCUCGUGCUGUCACAAGCCUCUCCUCCAUUAGUAAGUGCAUGCUUCCUCCUGCAUGGUAAGAUAAGAUACACCUUUAUUGAUCCCAUAAUUGAGAAAUUCCAGUGUCACAGCAGUCAAGGGGAAAGAGUCAGAUUAAAGAUUUCAAAAAUUAAACUUAAAAACUUAAAACUUUAAAACUGGGCAUGCAGAAUAAGUACAAAAAUACAAGACACGGCAAUAAGUAACAAUAAUGAUAAUAAUAAUAAUAAUAAUAAUAAUAAUGAGUAGCAGUGAAUGAAAAUGAGCAGUGGAUAAAGGAGCACAUCUAGUGCAAGUGAUUGUAUGUGCAUACGUUUGGCAGUUGUAGUUCAGUUGAAAGAAAAUAGUUUUUUUUACAUAAAACUGCUCACAACAAAAUCCGUAGAUUAUCUUGAGCAACCAGGUCAUGAUGUCUGGAAAGAGACAUUGCUGCUAGGUUUAAAAAAAAAAAAAUUGGGGGCGCUCUGAGCACCAUAAGCUGAGUGCCAUCUAGUUCCAUUAUAUUGGAGAGAAGGCAGACAUCUCUACGGCUGAUAUCUCCAAAACUCUGCAACUCGCACCAAAACAAUCUAGACUGAUAAACAGCACUACAGGGAGGAGGUAAAAUAUGUAUUUUUGAUUUGAGGGUGAACUGUCCCUUUUAAGAGCAUGUUCUGAGCUGGAAUAGACAGAGUGCAGUGCUUCCUGGGAUAUCUAAAAAAAAAAACUUUACUUGAGGAGUUAUGUGAGAAAACAAAAACAAGAAAACAAACACAAUAGAGCUAAACAAAGUCAAGCAUUUAAAGUGGCUAUAAAAAAAAAGGUUAUAUGUGUGUAUAUAUAUAUAUAUAUAUAUAUAUAUAUAUAUUAAAUUGGAAUUAAAUAACAGGAAAUUGGAUGACAUGGAUGCAAAAAGCAGGAAAGACAUUCUGCUGCCGUAAGACAUCAGAGGAAUUGUAACUGACAACAAACUCAGACCAUAAAGAUGCAUGGAAAUUGAUAGCAAACACAAUGUCAGCUUUGUUCUUGUUGCUUGCACGGCUGUUACCUCUGACGUUCUUUUAAAAUGUUGGAACAUUGUUACAGUAAAUGAUAAAUAGCUUUUAUGCCUAAGUUUGCAAGUAAACAUGAAGGAUCUGUACUUUGGCAAAGUCUAAAAAUCAAUCAGCAGUUUGAUAAAUGCGGGCUCAGGUUUUGAUGGUUAUUUUGGGCAGAAUAUUUGGUUGCUUUGGGAUGGGCAUCGAGCAGCGAUUAAAGAGUUGUUCAUCACAGGAAACUGACUUAAAAUGGCUUUCCCCCCUCAUGUGUCACCAGCUUCUCUUAAGAGGGACCACGUAGAUGUCUUAAUUCCUUAUGUUGGCCCUUUAUAUAUAUCUAUAUAUAUCAGUAUGUGUGUGAAUGCCCUGUUUGUGCAUGUAAGCAUACUGUGUGAGUGUGGUCAGAUGAAUUCAAUGUGCUGCCCCCAACCAAAUAUCACUGUUAUUUUAAGUCAGACACGACUUUGUGUCACGUUCAGCUCAGUUUUAUCUGUGCGUCUGUCUGUCUGUCUGUUUGUCUGUAUCGUGGAGUGGCUACUGGUUAUAGCCCAGUUUGAGAAGGAGUUUCUCAGCGCUGUAGGAAACAUGUAGACCAACCUUGCUACUGUAAAUGUCUCCCUCCAUAAAUAAUGUGUUUGUCCAUCAAUGCAAACCGUGUUUGUUGAAAUGUUGAAUGAUUGUGAAUUAGUUACUGGACCACAUAAUACGUGUUAGAGGCUGUCAAAAAUCUUGACCAAUAAAAACACUGAGAUAAAUAAUGUAUGCUGAAUAUUUACUGUGAGCACAUACAGAGGCAGUUUAAUUACAUACAAAAAAAGAGCGUUUGAAUAUUUUGUUUAAUUAUUGAACCUGUGGUCCUUCUAUCAUCUGUUUUUAUUUUGCAUCGCUGCAGUUUUAUUCAAUAAUCAAUGCUGCCUGCCUCUAUCGUCGCUAAAGAUUUUCUGCAUUGUGAGAUGUUGUUCAGAGAUCACUGGUCCAAAAGGUGAUGCUGAACGACACGGUUAAACAUAUUGAUAUUUCCUGCAUUGGAUGCUCACAGCUGGGCUUCUUGUUUUGCACGCUCAAAAGUGGAUAUUUUACAAAACGUUCAGUGGCACGGUGGAGCAGUGUUCAACAUUAUGUAUUUUUUGUACUGUAGUAUACACUGUACUUUUUACUGCUGAGCAAUAAAACAA